AUGACACUCCCAACAACUCAUAAAGUCGCCAUUUUGGUGAGGCACGAUGGGACAUAUCACUUUGAGACCAAGACCGUGCCUGUCCCCGACAUCAGCCCUACCGAUUUGCUAGUUCGCUUGUCAGUGUCAGGAGUAUGUGGCUCGGAUUUCCAUCUCGCAGCUGGCCACUCGGGUCCGACUUGCGACAUUCUUGGACAUGAAGGCGUUGGACGGGUGGUGAAGCUUGGAUCUGCAGUGGAUCCUUCCUUCAUCAAUGUCGGAGCGCGAGUUGGUCUGGGGUGGGUACGCGACGUGUGCGAAGAAUGCUUCUGCUGCCUAUCGCCAGGCGGCGAGGCACGCUGCUUGGCAAAGCUGUGCUCUGGCUUAAGAAGAGACGGCACUUUCGCAGAGUAUGCAGUUGUUCCGUCGCGCUAUGUGAUUCGGAUUCCCGAAGACGUGCCUGACGAUCUCGUCGCUCCGAUCCUAUGUGGUGGGGUGACGGCGUACAAGGCCAUCAAGGUCAGUGAGGCGACCCCAGGCCGCUGGAUGGUCAUCUCCGGCGCUGGAGGAGGCGUUGGGGCUCUGGGCAUUCAAUUUGCAAGGGCGAUGGGUUACCGGGUUAUCGCAAUUGACGUCGGAGACACGAAAAAGGAGUAUUGUCUGAAGUUGGGCGCUGAGGUGUACUAUGAUGCCAAAGUACUCGACACGGCAACAGUUAUGGCCCUCACGGGAGAUGGUGCAGCAGCGGUUUUGGUCAUGGCCAAUUCGGACAAAGCGUAUCAGGCAGCACUGGAACUGGUGGCUCCAUACGGCACGUUUGUCUGCGUGGGGAUACCGCCAGGGGAUCAAAUGGUGAGCUUUCACCCUAUCCUGGGUAUCUCGAAAGGGAUUCGGAUCAUCGGCUCUGCUGUGGGAACCAGAAAGGACAUUUGGGAGGCGAUUGAGUUCGUGCAACGGGGCGCCGUCAAGCCGGCAGUGGAAAUGGCGACAUUGGACGAUCUGUCUGAUAUUGCAAAGAACUUUGGAAAGACUUCUGGCAAAUUUGUGAUCCGGCUGAGCGAUGAAGCCAGCGACUCGGCGAAGGCUGGUUCCCUGACAAACGGUCAUUGA